CUCUGCGACACGUGCAUCCAGAUCGAUCUCCGCCGGCUUCUCCGUAAUGAGGACGCCCACUAUCAGCCCAUACCCCUCGGCAACCUCGCACAUAUCACCCACAAGGCAGACCCUGCCACUGCCAACCCAGAGGACGGCUGCUCACUGUGCAAGCUCGUCAUCGCCGCCGUUGACCGCGCCGCCUUCUUCCUCCCAGAACCGAUAACCGACCGCGCAAACGUCGACGCCGCCCUCUACCCCUUGGGCUCCCGCCUAUGCGUCCGCCUAUCCCACAGCCCGUUCGGCGUCUUCCAGGGCAUGGGCGGCGCCCAGAUACCCUGCGUGCCCGAGCUGCGCCUCGUCGCGGACGACAUGCACGAGUGGCCCGCGAGCGAGAUGGACGGCCGCCCCGUCCGCGACCUGCUCGACCUCGAGCUCGUCAAGUACUGGAUACAUCUAUGUGAGAACGAGCACGGGCCCGAGUGCUCUGUCCCGUGGUGGGCCCCCGCGGAGGAGCUGCCGGUCACGGUGCGUCUCCUCGAUGUGCAGGAGAUGGUGCUCGUCCCUGCCACUCGCGGCCGACGCUACAUUGCACUUAGCUACGUCUGGGGCGACCCCAAGGCAUGUGCGCAUGAUGCAUACUGGACGACAUCCGCCAAUCUCUCUUCGCGCACCACCAAGACGCGGCACAAGUCCAAGAGGAAGGAGUGCAAGGGCGAAUGGGAAUGGAGCGGCGGUGUGCCGCUCGACGUUCUCCCGCCAACAAUCACAGACACCAUCCUCCUCACGCGCCUCCUCGGCGAGCGCUACCUCUGGGUCGACGCGCUCUGCAUCCUGCAAGACUCGCCAUCCGACAAAGCCGAGCAAAGCAGCAUCAUGGACGCCGUCCUCCGGCGCGCCUUCCUCACCAUCAUCGCCGCCGGCGGCCCCGACGCCACCGCGCCCCUCCCCGGCCUACGCACAGGCACGCGCGCGCGCGCGUCGGCGCGCCAGCGCUCGGAGGAGAUCCACGAUCUGCGGCUCGCGGUGCCGCUGCGCACGCCGUACGAGGCGCUCACAGGGACGCCGUGGAACGCGUGCGCGCGGACGUACCAGGAGCUGAUGCUGUCCCCGCGCCGGCUGCUGUUCACGCCCGAGCAGGUCGUGUUCGAGUGCGGCGAG